AUGGAAGAUCUUCAAGAAGCUCCUGAGCUCAAGGACCGAAGUUCCUUUGAACGCCACCUCGACAGCUCUUGGAAGGACUUCCGGCAGAAACUGCUUGACGCAUACGUUGCCUCGCAGUCCCUGCAACUUUCCACGGAGCUGGGAGUCGAUCAGACAGCGGAGGCCCCAUCAGACGCAACAGGGCAGCCGAGUCCCGAAGAAAUACCUGCGGCUGCCGAUGGCAGCGAAGUACCGGCCAAGCAGCGCCGCUUCAGUGAAAUCGAGGAGUUGACCCUGACCUGCCCCUUUCUGAAGAGUGGGCUGCAAGGUCUAAGCCCCAAGGAGAUGGAGUCCGUGAGAAAUCGGCUCCGGUUGCGCCUGGGCAUCUUGAACUCCAAGCAGCUUGUCUCAGGCCGGAUCUUGAGGGAUGCUGUUCAGGCACUGGGCCUGACGAUCUACGGUGAGGAGGACAUGAACGAGUUCGUGAACCUUCUGGCCGACUUCAUCAGCCUGCAGUUCCGCCUUGUCCAGAAGGCCAAGGGAAGCCAGAGUUCUUUGUCCUCCUUGAACUCCCUCUUCAGCUUCGGGGAGACUGCGUCCGCCGAUGUCGCAAAGCUUGGCAAGCCCACUUGGCAUUGGCCUGCGGCCGAUAAGGCGGGCGCGGGCUACGAGCGAAAGGAGCGAAAAGGCGACAUUGAGUACGACUGCGUCCCAGCACUCCCGUUGCUGGAGAUCUUCCUUUCGCAGGAGUCGGAGGUGCAUAAGCACAUCUUCGGGUACAAGUUGAACCAGUACAGGGCCAUUCGAGAGAUUCUGCUCGCAGGGGAUACGAACCGCUUGGUGGCAGAAUUGACCUUUGUCAGAAUUAACGACUUGGCCACUCCUCCUGAGCCGAUGCAUCCCAUCAUGUACCUCGAGCCCUUUGUUGCUUUAAUCAUCUUCGCCAACGGCGUCAUGAUCGGCUUCCAGACUGACCCGCAGUACAAGGAUUGGCCGGGCUGGAUCUACGUAGAGAUGAUCUUCGCAAUGCUGAUGCUCGCAGAGAUCUGCUUUCGCCUUUGCGUGCUUCGCUGUGCCGCCUAUUGGUGUGGGGCUGAUCGCUGGUGGAACAUGAUCGAUGUUUUCCUUGCGGCGACGAGUGUGUCGGACAUCGCUUUGCAGUUGGCGGGCUUUGCGUCGGAUCUGGAGGGCACGUCCCUGCUUCGCUUCUGUCGGCUGAUCCGCCUCAUCCGUAUAGUCAAGCUUUUUCGAGUGAAGGCUAUGAGGGAACUGCGCCUGAUGGUGAAGGGCUUGUUGGCCGGCAUCCGAACCCUGUCUCUUGCGUUCGUGCUGCUUUUCGCAGUCCUCUACGUGAUCGCAGGCUUUGCUACUAUGACCAUCGGGAACUUAGAGCGAACCGCGGAGAUUGGUCUUGGGGACUACUUCUUCAACAUCCCUACAUCCAUGUUUACAGCCUUCCGGUGUUUUACAGGUGAGUGCAUCAGCGAUGAUGGCCGGCCUCUCCAAUCCUUACUCGCUGCCGAGUAUGGCAUCAUCUUUGUUGCUGGCUAUGUCGCAAGCUACAUGCUGGUAGCCAUGGGCAUCUUCAAUGUUAUCCUGGCAGUUUAUGUGGACAUCACCAUGAAGGCGGCCAAGGAGAACGAUGCAGUCAGCGCCGAGCAGCAUGCGCGGGAGUCCAUCCGGGUCGCCCGGACGACGCGGGAGCUUCUCAAGAUCUUCAGUGCAGCGUACCACUCCUUCCGGGACAACACUGCGGACGAUCAGGUUAUGAAAUAUCCAUCGGCCGCUACGUUCGCGGAGGACGGCAUGCACGACCAGGUGGCCAUCACCAAGGAGCUGUUCUUGCUAGUGAUCCAGGACAGAAAGGUUCAGCAACUGAUGGACGACCUCGAUCUGCCACCGGAUCGCGCCAACCUCUUCGAGAUGCUGGAUGCGGACGGUUCUGGGACCUUGCAGACCACGGAGCUGCUGCAGGGCUUGCUGAAGAUCCGUGGAGAGGUGAACAAGAGCGACACAGUAGCAUCACUCUUGGCCACGAAGGCUGUUCAAAACUUGGUCAGCGAUGUGAAGGACCAGAACUCCAGGCUGCUGGAGACCCUGAGGAAGAGCAGCUCCCAGCUCGCUGCCCUUCGGAGCGAGGUGGUUGCAAUGAGCCGGGACGGUGGCAGAAAGCCACGGGAUCUUUCCUCGGACCGGAACCGUGUGGCAAGCCCCUCCCCAGCAGAUGGCAUAUCCAGCAAGCUCUUGAACGUCCAGGCGCCGGGGCGUCCCGGGUCGCCGUGCCAGACCGAGGACGCACCGCCGUUCUGA